AUGGAAAAACCUGAAGAUGGUAUUGCUGUGGUUGGCAUCGGGUGCAAUUUUCCUGGAGGUAAGUUCAAAGACUUUGGGAAGCAAGUUUUGUUUCCCCGAUAACUUCUGUUAUCUGUACUAUUACCUUAUUUGCCUGGAACCAAAGUUGCUGAGAAAAUGAAAAAUUUGAUUCCAAAAACAACCACUGUUUAUGUUUGGAAAUCAAGAGACUGGUGAUAUUAUAAAUGCUAAAUAAAUAAAUCUAUUGAGCCUUUUUCAGACAACUCUUCUAUUUGCAGCUCUUUGACUGAAUGCAUGGUUUCUCUUUCUUAUCAGGAGAGGGGCUCGACAGUUUCUGGAAGGUUCUAGUGGAAGGGAAAAACUGUUCUGUACAAAUUCCAAGAGACAGAUUUGACUUGACCAGCUGGUAUGACCCUGAUGACACAAAAUCAGGCAAAUCCCGCACAGCCAAGGCUGCUCUAAUCGAUGGGUAUGAUCUUUAAACCUUACUACCAGUUUGUUCAUUGUCACGUUAAAAACAAUGCAAGUUUUGGUAUUGAUCCAAGGGUUUUGAUUCUUCAUAGGUUCAAUGAAUUUGACCACAAGUUCUUCGGCAUCAGUGAUAGUGAAGUGGAACAAAUGGACCCCCAACAAAAGCAGCUCCUUCAGUGUGUCUACAGAGCUCUUGAAAAUGCUGGGAUUCCCAUGGAGAAGGCCAGUGGGACCAGGACAGGGGUCUUCAUAGGUAAGUCAGUAAAAUGUGAGGAAAUCACUCUCCAGUUUCUCCCUUUUUUUUUUCUUCUGUCUUUUCUCUAUUUCUCGGAAUUUCCCUUACCAUAUUAUCCUCAUGUUGUAUUGUUUACAUUAUAGGCAUGAUGAACAGAGAUUAUGAGACAAAUGCUGCACAUGUGCAUCCAAAUGUGAUCAACCACUGGACCAGCACAGGGCUCGCCAUGAGCAUUGCGGCAAAUAGGGUCUCAUACAUCUUCAAUUUCACUGGGCCAUCACUGUCCAUAGACUGUGCCUGCUCAUCAUCUCUUGUGGCGCUUCACCUUGCCUGUCAGUCCAUUAAACAAGGUCUGUAAGCUGACUUAAAAUCAAUGCCAAUUAUAAGACCAGCCUGUAAUGUGACUGAUAGAGAGCCAUUCCUGAGCAUUUUGAUCACAACUCUUGUAGACAAGGGAGACCCAUUUAAGUAAGAACAAGGGAGGAAAAAGAAUUUUGCAUAUGUUAUAAAAAAUGUGCUUUAUUCUUAACAGAUGACAGUGACAUGGCUAUUUGUGGAGGAGUCAACUGUAUCAUUGAGCCAAGAGUGUUUGUCGCUCUUAGCAAGGCCAAGAUGAUUUCACCUGAAGGGACCAGCAAACCCUUCUCCAGCAGAGCAGAUGGAUAUGGCAGAGGAGAAGGGUGUGGGGUAGUUCUCCUAAAACCCCUAAACAAGGUCAGAAAAUCAAAAAAUGAAUCAAUUAGAGUCACUCAAUAUUGUGCAAACAAAGUACAAAGAAGUUGAAUUACUUUGUAAAACUAUACUUUUUCACAGGCCAUACAAGACCGAGACCAUAUCUGGGGUAUCAUUAGCAAAACAGCCGUCAACCAAGAUGGACACACAGUAACUCCAAUCACUAAACCCUCCAUGUCCCAACAAGAAGAACUCCUGCACAGGAUCUACUCAGAGGCUGACAUAGCAGAUGUCCAGUACAUUGAGGCACAUGGGACUGGAACUCCAAUUGGAGACCCAACAGAGGUAGGGAGCAUCUCAAAUGUCAUUUCCAAAGCCAAACCUCCUGGUUCAGAGGUACUUCGGAUUGGCUCUGUUAAGGGGAACAUUGGUCACACAGAAUCUGCUGCUGGAGUAGCAGGACUCAUUAAGGUACUCUUGAUGAUGAAGCAUGGGACCAUUGUUCCCACUGUUUUCUUUUCUGAAGAGACUGCUAAGGUUGAUGCCAAAUCACUGAACAUUAAGAUUCCCAAAGAAGCAGAAAAGUGGGAGUCCUCCGGUACAAGAAUUGCUGGAGUGAACAACUUUGGCUUUGGAGGUACAAAUGCACAUGCCAUUGUCAAACAGCACAAACAAUUAAGUGUCAAACUGAAGAAUAAUGCAAAACAGGCAAAGUUUUUUGUCUUGUCAUCAAAUUCAAAAAAAUCUCUCACUCUGAUGAUGGAAGAAACCAUUAGACAGCUAAGCACCAAUGUUGAUCUGGAUUCAUUGUUGUACACAGCAGCUUGCAAGAGGAGCCAUCUCAGACACAAACACAGAAAGGCCUUUGUGGUUUCAUCUAUAGUUGAUCUUCAAGAGAAGCUAAGAGCCACUAUAAGCAAGCACGUAAGCCAAGCCUCCUCAGACCCAAGGUUAGUGUUUGUUUUUUGUGGAAAUGGUGUCACUUACCAAGGGAUGUGCAAACAGUUACUAAAGCAUGAGCCUGUAUUCAGGGAUAAAGUCACAGAGAUUUCACAACUUUUCCAGAGAUUGAGCAGUCUGAAUGUCUUGAACAGUCUUGAGAGUGAGUUUGAUAGCAGUGACUCAACAGAUCCAAAUGUUGUCCAACCACUACUCUUUGCUAUCCAAGUAGGGAUUGCAAGCUUGCUCAGACACUGGGGUGUCAAACCAGAUGCAAUAUUUGGGCACUCUGUAGGUGAGGUUGCAGCUGCUCACUGUUCUGGCCUCUUGUCUCUUGAGCAUGCUGUGAAAGUUAUUCAUGUCCGCAGCUCUCUCCAAAGCAAAGUCACUGGGGGGAAGAUGCUUGUGAUCAGCAACAUGGCUGUACCAAAGGUUAGUGCUCUUCUUCCAAAACACUCAGGCAGAAUUUGCCUUGCUGCUCAUAACAGCCCACAGUCCUGCACCCUGUCAGGCGAUGGGGAUGCAAUUGAGAGCCUGCAUGAGGAGCUAAGCACCUCAGCCAACAGUCAAGAUCUGUUCCUCCGCAUACUAGAUGUCCCUGCAGCUUACCACAGUCACAUGAUGGACCAAAUUCUGACAGAAGUUGAGGAAGCUAUUGGAACCUUACAGGUGAAUGGCCUUGACACAGAGUUGUUCUCAACAGUGACAGGCAAAGAAGUGCAACAGGGUGAUUUCUGCACUGGGAGAUACUGGGCAAGAAACAUUCGUGAGCCAGUUGUUUUUGAGCAGACAGUAAGGUCAGUCACAAAAGGGAAGAAAAAUACAAUCUUUGUGGAGAUAGGGCCAAGAAAGGCUCUGCAGAGAAACAUACAGGAAACUUUAGGCAAUGACACAGCUGUUCUUGCAUCUGUGCAGCCAGAGAAAGAUCAUGAGACUUUGAUGUCUGUUGUUUCUAGGCUCUUCGAACUUGGUGCCCAUGUGAAUUGGGACACUUGCUACAGUGGAUCAGAGACAGUGCCUCUCCCAAUUCCAAGGUACCAGUUUGAUUGCUCCAACCAAGAUGUUAUCAUUGGUGCAGCACAGAAGACCAUGAAUAAGCAUCCUGUGCUCUUUCAGACAGACAGUGAAAGCAGUGUUUUCAGCUGUGAUUUGAUGUCUGAAUCCUCUUUCUAUCUGAAAGAACACAAGCACAACAAUAUACCUAUCAUUCCUGGUGCCUUCUAUGCUGAACUGGGUUUGGCUGCAUUUAUGGCUAGUGCCAAACCACAAGUACCACUAAGCUCACUACAACUCAGUGUCAACUUUCACAGUCCUUUUCUGUUAACACAGAAAUCACCGGAAAUGAAAGUGCAACUACAACAAACAGAGACAGGAACCAGGUUCACUGUGCUCUCCCCAUCUGCAAAGUAUGCAUCAGGUGUAGUGUUUUCAAAGAAAGAGAGGCUGAUUGAGGAGCAGUGCAUUUCACUUGAUCCCAUCAUCAAAAGGUGCAAAUCCAUAGUGAGUACUCAGGAGUUCUAUCGGUACCUCUCUCAAGGUGGUUUUCAGUAUGGAGAGGUCUUCCAAAAUAAGGGGAAUGUGCAUUAUGGUGAAGAUCUUCAGGAAGCUUUUGCGGUUGUCACAGUUCCAGAAGAAAUCCGGUCUCAGUUACAUGACUACUGCAUACAUCCUGUUGUACUGGAUUAUCUGAUGCAGCUUCUUCCAGUGACAGUAGGUCACAUUUUUGGCGAUAGACCAGGAUUUCCUGCCAAAAUAGGAAGCUUGACAGUAUGUGAACCUUUGCAAGAUGAGAUGAUUGUCUAUCUAAAAGCAACUGAUGUGGGAGUUGAUCACUUAGAGAUCUGUGGCUGUUUGGCUGAUAAAAAAGGCAGAGUGUUGGUUGAGGUCAAGCAUGCCUCAAUCAAAUACCUUGGCAAUGGCUCUCAUGUGGUUGAGGAGUAUUUCUAUCACAAUGCCUUUAGUGCUCUUCCAGAAGGCAUCACAUCUGCUCGUCCUCCAAGAGCACUGGUCUUCAGUGACCAGAUAGGGAUCUCUAAUGGUCUCCAACAGUAUUUGGAUUUGAGGUCAAGAUACAUUUCUUGCUCACAUGCAAAAGAUUUCUUGAGACAAGGGUUUUCAUCUUUCUUGACAAGUCUUAACAUCACAGAUAUUGGAGGAAAUUUUGAUGAGGUCUUAUUUUUGUGGGGUAAAGAAGAUCUUACUUCAAAAUCAAGUAAUGUUGUCCUUCAGAAUUUGGUCGACUGCUGUGAGAUUUUUCGCCAAAUAGUCCUUGAGCUGAAGGAAAACCACUUUCCAAACUCCAUCAGAACAAUCACCUACUGCUCAUCUGACCUAACAGUGGACCACAUAAGUCCAGGUUUUGCACUUGCUGGUAUGACAAGAUCAUUUGCUGCAGAGAUACCAGAUCUUGCAUUUCAGUUGAUUGAUGUGCACACUAGCUUUCCCAAAGACAUUGAAGCCCUCUCUAAGGUUAUUAGGUCUUGUCCUUGCAGCAAGUACCCAGAGUUGGUUGUUAAGGAUGGGUUGAUUCUGAGACCCUCUAUUGUGCAUACAUCACCUGGAAUCAUUGACAACUCAAGAGGUAGUUUUACCUCUAACAUGUCAGAGCUUUACAUCCUCCAAACAGCUGAUGCACAUGAAAUGGCUGAAUUAAAGUCCAUCCACUUUGAGGAGAAGACCCAGCCAAUCAAUGAUACGUCUGUUGAAAUUCAGCCCUUGAAAAUAUGUGUCCAUACAUCUGACUACUUCCCUGUGAGUGAUUCACACCUGAGAUUUGGCCAGACACUGUACUGGAGCAAACACUCAACACAGAACCACAAGCUAUUAGCUCUUGACUUCAGUGGUACUAUCACAGCAGUUGGGAAAAAUGUCAGGAAAUUGAAAGUGGGAGGCCAUGUUGCUACCUGUUAUCCUGUGGUGGCCGCCAGAAAAGUCAGAGUUCCAGAGAGUGUCUGCUACAAGACCAAGUGGCUCCCAUUCCUUCAAAAGCAACCCUGUGUUUCCUACUUUGUGUUAGCAUGGGAGAUCCUUCAUGUAGCCUUGCCCAGAGCCAGACAGAGUCUUGGAAUCAUAUCCUCCACAUCUGAUUCAGCUCUGGUCAAAGUCUUGGCACUCACCUCCUUGGAGUCUGGCUGGAAAGUGAUUGUUGGCACACAGUGCAGUGCCACUUUUGUAGACAUCAAACAAAUUGAUGCAUUUGUCAUCCUACCCCCUUUUGAUGAAUCUCUGAUUCUCAAAGUUUGCAACUUACCAAGUGUCAAAAAUGUUGUCUUCGUUUGUGGUUUGCUGACACAGAGUUUGCUUGUUCAGGAUAUGCUCCACAGUAUGAAGGAAGGUGUUCGGGUGCAGACAAUCCAGAUGCCACUUAUUUUGCAAAAGGGAUCCCUGAGUGCACGAAGUCCACACAUUUACCAGUGGUUGAAGUCCAUGAACUUGAGCAGUAAAUUUGCGCCUCAGAGCUACAACUUCCAGAGUGUAAAAUCUGGAAGUACCAAUAGUCUUGACAUGGAGAAACCACAAUCAUACUUCAGCUCAAAAAAGGUGGCUGUUAUUUCUUUAGCAGAUGAUGUAAGUAGUCCAUGGUCUGACUUUCCAAUGCUGCCAACAAAGAGACAGCUUUUCCAAAAGGAAGCACUCUACAUAGUGGCAGGCGGUCUUUCUGGCCUGGGCUUUGAAACUGUCAAGUUCAUCUCACAGAGAGGAGGUGGGUAUGUUCUCAUACUCUCCAGGAGCAAACCCACAUCAGACGUACAGCAACAGAUACACAAUAUAGAGAAACAGUGUGGAAACUGUAUCUCUGCAAUGGAAUGUGACAUAUCUGUGUCUGAGAGUGUAAACAAAGCUAUCACUGUCAUCACCCACAAGUUCCCUAGUUGUCCAAUCAGAGGGGUGUUUCACAGCGCAGUUGUCUUACACGAUGGGCUCAUUGAGACCCUUGACAGAUCUCUUUAUGAGAAGGUUCUAAAACCCAAAGUCAAUGGUGCAUUGAACUUGCAUUAUGCAACACAGCACUGUCAGUUAGAUUACUUUGUGUGCUACUCCUCCAUCUCAGCUUUUCUGGGAAAUGCAGCCCAGACAAACUAUGCAGCUGCCAACACAUUCCUCGAUAUGUUCUGUCAGUACCGGCGCAAACUAAGGCUCCCUGGGCAGUCAAUCAACUGGGGUGCUCUGAACCUUGGUCUCCUCUUGAACAAGCAACAUUUCCAGCGGUUUCUUGAGACAAAAGGGAUGAUGGUGUUGGAUGUAGCUGAGAUUCACCAAAGUCUGGAGCAAUGUCUUUUGCUCAAUCGUCCCCAACAAGCUGUAUGUAGGUUUCAUUUCAGAAACAUCAGGUACAACAUCCUCUCUCAAAAUGCAGCCUUGACCAUGCGUCUAUCAGCACUGGUGGAGGAGGCUUUCCAAAAAUCUAGAGAGAUGAGUUCUCAAUCAAGACCAACUGAAAUUGUUUCUCCAAGAGAGUAUCUUGUCUCACUGCUUUGUGAGACUUCCGGCAUGGAUAAAAGUGAGCUGAAAGAUGAAUCCCUUCUUUCGACUUUAGGCAUUGACUCAAUGCAAGCCAUGACUCUGCAAAAUACCAUCUUUCAGGAGAGAGGUGUGAAUGUUCCUUUGGUGAAGUUAUUGGACCCAAAUGCCACCUUGUCAGCAGUCGUAGCAAUACUAAGUAAAGAAAGUGAAAAUCUUUGUGCCAGUGAAAACUCUUUUUCAGUUCAAGAAAUAGAAGAUUUUUCUACAAGACUGUAA